UAUUGUCCAUUGUUAAUAAAUGAUAAUAAUCAACAAAAAAUAUUUGAAUGGUUUGUAAUGUUAAAAAAUGAAGGUCCGAGCAAUGAAAUAUCUUCAUCGAUCAAGGAACUUUUUUUGCACAUGAUAUUAUUUGUUAAUAAUCAAAUGAAUCAUUUAUCAGAAAUAGUAUCAAAGUGUUUAGGAAUUAAAGUUCACAUCAAGCCCCAUGCAAUUGUUAGAAUAAAGCACAUAUUAAAUAAAAUCACAUUUGAUGAAAAAACAUUGAUUUAUUAUGGGAAAACAUUAUCGAUAACAAAAAAUUUAAAUUCUCAUAGUCCAGGGAUAUCUCCUCUCAUUUGCAUGAUACAUUUGCUCAAAAGCAAAUUUUCAUUUUGUCAUAAAAUUAUUAUGCAACCUUGGAUCCAUGAUCAAAUAUUAAAUGCCAGUAUUCCACUUCAUCCCUCAUUUAUUGUUAUGAUUGAAAACUUUAUUUAUGUCAUUUUAAGCAACUAUAAAUUGACGCAAGUAAAAUGCCACCUUUUUAAUGAACACAAAAUUUUGGAUAUGCUUGGAUUUAAAAAUUUGGGACCCAGAUUCAAUUUAGCCCCUCAUUUGUUAAUGCUUUAUUAUCUGCUUUUUUAUGAGGAUAUGUUAAUUGACCCCAAAUCACAAUACUUCUCACCCCCACUAGCCUUGGAAUUAAAUUUUAUCAGUCUCAUUAAUCAAAUACCUAUCAAGCAUUAUAUCAUGUAUUCCAUUCAAAAUUAUAAAGAUUACGGCAAUUUGCCCUCCAUCCUACUCUCUUUGAUCAUGAAUAAUCAUUCCUAUUUAUGUAUAAUAAAUGAAUGGAUCUCACAGCCCUUAAUCUACUACUACCACCCUUUUAAAUAUGGGUAUGACUCUUGCACACUAAAAACUCUUACACAUUACUUGAUGGCUAAUGACAUAUCCAGUGAGUGGGUGUCCGAAUUGGCUCCUGCCUUAAUCAACAUUACAGAGUUUUCUUUGCUUAAUCAAAUGUUGUGUCGCUUGAUAGAACAUUUGUCGCCCUUGGCUUUAAAAUUAGACAUCUUUUGUUUCACUCCUUAUAAAUUGAGGCUCAUUGAAGCCUUUAGAUCACUUAUAACCUUUAACGGCACAUCAUUUACCUUCAUCUCCAAUACUCUCACGUCUUUGAUGCAGUCCAAAACUAGUGAACUUAGUAUGAUGAAAUCUCACGAUUUUAAACAAAUAUAUGCUAAGAUGACCCAUUUGGCGCUCGAUCCCUUGAUAUGCCUCAGAGGUGAGCCAAGCUACUUCGAAAAUCCCUUGACUCUCUCUUUGAUAAUAAAAACGUGUGAGUACUCCCUAUCAUUCUCUUUAAAUUUUUAUUCCAAAUAUCUAAACGGGGUUCAGACAGAGCGAGAGGACAUUGUUUCCAACCUUACGUUUGUUCAGGAAUGUGUGGUUCUACAAAUACUCAUCGAAACGCUUGAUUUUGGUCGAAAAACAUGCCUGGAAUCCUUACCCUUAGCCCGAUCAUUUAACCGUAAGGAGUUGGAGACCCUGGUUUGUUGUCAUCUGCAUCAACGUUUCAUAGACGAACCGGCUCUCGUUAAGGAGAUUCAUACGCAGGGUUACGCGCUUGCCCUAAUUCCAACCUUAGUCGCUAAUGUACCUUCGAUUCAUAUAUGUAUGGAUUUUGUUCUCGAUUUGGUACUGAAGGACCCCUCAUUGCAAGCUAAAAUUUUUGGCAUCCACUUAGCCUUUAAUCUUUCCCGGUAUUACGCUCUACCUAAAUUGAUGGAUAUUUGUAACGUGUGUGUUAAGGCGAUCUCGACCAUACUGGAAACGGGUAAUCUGAAUCGCUAUUUAUCAACCGACGAUCGUUUGCGCUUUCUCCUGCAAACGUUGCCACCCUUAGUGAUUCUUUGCCGCUCAUUUCCGUUUUUUCUAGAACCUUGCCUUAAAAUAUUAGUACAAUUGGGGAAGCUAGUUAAUAUAGAAAACGUCGUUAAUUGUCACACUUUUCGCCUGGAAAGUAAUGUCGAUCAUAUCAAUGGAAAAGCGUUAAAUAAAUAUUAUGAUAGCAAUAAUAUGGAUGCGGAUCAUGCCGUCGACUUUGAUAAAAUGGCUAAGGAGAUCGUGGCUACAUAUGUUGCCAUCAUAUCGGAGUUUAAUUUAAUUUGAUACCCCCCCCCCCCCAUUUUGACCUAAAUGAAAA